AUGCCACAACAUCAGAGGGUAGGAGCCCAUUUACAAAGUGAUUCAACCACCCGUACAACACAAUCAGUAGAGCAAGAAGUGCAAUUGGAUGCUAAUGCUCCUACAGUAGAUGAACAAGGAUCUUGUACUAAAAAAAGAAAAAGAGGUAAAACAAGGAUGCUAAAUGUACAUGGAAGGAGUGAACGUAAGUUAAUUGUGGUCAAUGGGUUUGGUCAACCUGUUGGUCCUACUAAAGAUGUUGUGAUGGAGUUUGGCAGCUUCCUCGGUACAUUGGCAAGGAAUUCGACCUUUUGUCCUCUUGAUAUAUUUGAUUGGAGGAAAAUUAACACAAAAGAGGAUUUGUGGGAAUAUACAAAGGAAAAAUAUAAUAUUUCUGAAAUUGCAAAAAAGUGGACUCUGGAUGCAAUUCAAGGUGCUUGGAGAAGGUAUAAGAGUCAAUUGAAAAAAGAUCACUUUAAAGCAUAUCAAAAUGAUGAAAUUCGAAUGAAAAAAAAGCCUGAAAAUAUUCCAGCAUAUCAAUUUAAGGAACUUCUCAAAUAUUGGAACUCUGAUAAACACAAGAAAAUGUCAGCAACUAAUGUUGAGAAUCGGAAAAAGUUAAAGGAUCCACACACUGCUGGCAAAAAAAGCUUUGCUAUAGUCCGCAAUGAUUUGGAAAAAGAGAAAGAAACUUCUGAUCCACUAUCACUUAAGGAUAUCUUUGUCGCUACAAGACAAAGAAAACCCGGUCGAACAUACAAGGAAUCGAAUGAAGAUACAACUAGAAAAAUUGCUGAAAUGGAGAGUAUUGAAACGCAACAAAGUGAAAAUGGUGAUGAGUCAAUUAAUGCAUUUGCAUCAAUUAUGGGACCCGAACAUCCGGGACGUUUGAGAUUGUAUGGGCGGGGGGUUACAAAAACCUCUUUGAAAGGGAAAGUGGGACAUUUUGAACCCUCUUCAAAUGCAAAAAAUGAUCACAUGCAAAAGAUGGAAGAGAGGAUGAUAAGAUUGGAGGAAAAAAUUGAGGAACAGAAGGAACAAUAUGAGGAACAAAAGACAAUGAUGAGACAAGAAAUUGUAGAAGAUAUCAUAGCAAAACUUCAACGUUCUGGAUUACCAAUUGAUGCUAAUAUUUUAGCAACAUUGUAUUCUCGUCCAUUGGGUCAAGCUUCCUCAACACAAGCAGCAGCUAUUCACCUAAUUCAUCGACCAUCUCUUGGUAGCAACAAUCAAGGUUAG